AUGAGCGCUAUGAGCGAGACAUUGCUGGAGCUUCGAGAGAUAUCUUGCGCGCGGUCGGAUGGUUCACUUAUAUUCUCCGACGCUACCUUCGAUGUAAAAGAAGGUGAUGUUCUCGUCCUCCGAGGCAAAAGCGGUGCGGGGAAGUCGACAUUGCUGAAAUGCAUUGCCCACCUCAAUGUAUACAAGGGCGAGGUGCUCUACAGGGGAAGGACUCCUAAGGCAAUCGGAGUCCCUCUGUUCCGGACACGUGUGUUAUAUGUACCCCAACGUCCAUCUCUACUGCCGGGAACACCGAAGGAUUUCUUCAACACCAUAUCUUCAUUCUCCGCACGCGACCCGAAGGGUUCGCGCUUGUCUAAGAAGGGAGAGCAGACUCCCGCUCCGGACCUGAACCAAGCGGUCGAAGUAGGACGGUCGUUUGGACUGGACGAUGAGCUAUGGGACAGAGAGUGGUCAAGCCUCAGCGGAGGUGAAUCUCAGAGGAUGGUGCUGGCGGUAGCGAUCGGUCUGGACGCUGCUGAGGUCCUGCUACUUGAUGAACCGACGUCCGCCUUGGAUCCGCAGUCUUCAAACUCUGUCGAGACGUAUCUCACGUCCGAGCUGAAGUCGCCGGACUCCACUUUGAAAGCAAUCGUCUGGAUAACCCACUCCGAGGAGCAGGGCCGGAGGGUAGGCACCAGGUUCGUGGAGAUUACUCCGGACGGGAUACGCGAGGAGCCAAACGUUCCUGAGGUGUAA